AUGCAAGAGGACCGACAAGUACAUUCUCCUAUCCAAGUAGAAAAGAAGAAUUAGACUUUCCAACAGCAGUAAUUAUUUGGAAACCUGCUGAAUGACUAGAAAUGAAUAACGAACAGAACUUUUGUUUAAAAAGAAGCAAUUAGACGAUAUAAAAGUGAACUUACAUAGUAUUGACAAAACGACUUUGACUUCCCUUUUUGUCGUGUCGUAUGUUUAGUCCUGUCUAGACUUCCUGCUAACAUUAUAUUUGUUUUCAGCAUCAAAAACUACCUACAGAACUGAAUUUUCAUCGGUUCUCGAUGAAAACUGUUGGUGAGAAUAGCCUUGGAUAUUUCAAAAUCCUUUUUCAAGGAUCCACCCAUCAAGUAUACUUUGCUUUUUCAAAUUUUAUAGAUUUUACCGUGCUCUUUCAUAGAAAAACUUUUUUUCAGUUUUAUGCGAACGGAACAGGAGGCAGAACAAGUAUCACAAGUUAGGCUAACCCAGGUCGACACUCGCGUCUAACUCACGGCGCGAUCGCUGUGAACUCGCGAAGUCGCCAGGCGAUCGCGGUAAAGUCGUAUCCUUUCAAGAAACGUAUUUUAGAAGACUCGCGACGCGAUCGCUAUUGAUUCGCUACCUCGCGUCGCGAUCGCUAUAAAGUCCUGUAGUCGCGGCGCGAUUCCCCGAAUCUCUCUGUAUCGUCAAUCAUACACGUGGCCAGAGUAUAUAUAUAUGUUUAUAUCACAUGGAGCAAUCUAUCCUUUUCUAACAUUUUUCUUCAAACGAAGAAACAUGCUUCUCGGCUUGGCCAAACGUUACGGAAUUUCAUUUUUUAGAAUUCUGAACCCUCUAGUUUUUGACAUAGAUGAGCCUCAGC